UAUCUAUGCCUUUUUUAGGAAGAGAUUGGCGAUCCCCUGGGGAAGCAUGGGUUAAAACAUCAGAAGGCUGGGAAAGAAAGAAAAUUUUGGAAUACAAAAGCAGUCAUGGUCAAACAAGGUUCGGAAGAAACCGAACUGCCUUUCUCGAGAAGAAGCGAGAAUCUUCCUAUGAAACAAAUUCUGAUUAUUCAUUUGGUAGCUCAAACAAAGGAUAUCUUAGUAACUCAGUUUCCAGUCAAGAAUCUCAACCAUACUGUCAAAUUACAUUAAAAAAUACCAAAGAAGUUAUUGGUUUUAACAAUAUCAGUGAGGCCAUACAGAAACUUGACUUUAGGAAUGCAGUUCACGAUAUUAGGAGGUUCAACUACAUUUGCAAGCUCCUACACUUGCUGAUAACUCAGAAUCUCACAACUCUCAGUGGUAGAGCGACUCAAAUAUUAUUUGCUGUCCUGGAAGAGGUGGCUCGACAAGUGGCCAGCAAUCAACAGAACUUGCACAUUCUUCAUAUGCUCUUAAACGACCUGAGGCGCAUUAUUAGGAAGUAUUAUUGCUGGGGUCGGCCCCUCGGCAGCACCAUUCUUUGGGAACAGCACCUGAAAACGAUUGACAGAAUCUGUCAGCUAGCUGGUGAUAUUCAAAUCAAAGAGCCAAUCGAAGAUGGGUCCUGCAGGCUUUCUGACAUGCCGGAAGGCAUCUUGCGCGAGAUCUUGCUGAGGCUGAGUGACUAUAAAGACCUGAUGAAUUCGUCCCAGGCCUGUGAUGACAUGAAGUUCCUGAUCGCUGAACAACACAUCUGGAAGGAGCUUUGCAAGUUCCAUUUUAGCAGGGAGCAGCUCCAGCUCUUCUUCGAAAGCAGCCAGAUCAAGUGUGUGGGAGUCAACAUGGACUGGCAGCUUGUCUUUCACCAACUACGAAGGAAAUAUGGGCUGAAAGAAGAAUAUACCGAAAGUUUAUUUCUUUGUCGACAUUGUCGCUGCCUAUUUUGGAAGUCAUUCGGCCAUCCAUGUGUGGAUCCUCGGCGCAGCAUUCCCAGCAGCGUCGACUCAGUGGAUGACGACAACGAGCAAAGUCUGGUCAGUUCGGUGCCACUCUACGUUCCCAUACCGCCUCAAGCCUUUCUCAGCUUCUUUUCUCUAUAACAAACAGAAGAGUCUUGGAAUGUAAAUAUUCAGUCGGA